AUGCGAGUGCUACUGUGGUUCCGUCGCGAUCUUCGUCUACACGACAACUUGGCGCUUAAUGCGGCACUGACACUCGUCCACCAGCAAGAGAAAAAGAAGAAGAAGGAGAAGGACGACAAGGUGGAGUUUAUCCCGCUGUACAUUAUCCAGCGACCCCAACUCAUGCGAUGCGGUGCGACUCGUUUCCAGUUUCUGCUCGAGAGUUUAUCGGACUUGUCCAACGCUUUAACUGCACGUGGUUCACAUCUUGUGGUUGCAAAAGGCGACGGAGUGGAAGUACUGAAACGACUUUUACCGGCGUGGGGGAUCACACACUUGUACUUUGAUGCCGCUUGUGAACCUUACGCUGUCGAGCGAGACAAUCGUGUAAUAGCGUUGGCAAAGAGUCUGAGUGUGGAAACCCACACGACGAACGGAUACAAUUUAUACGAUUUGGAUGCAGUGAUUGCAGAUAAUAAAGGAGGAGCUCCUAAGACGUACCAGUCGUUCCUUAAAGCAGCGGCCACGCAGCCAAAACCAUCUCAGCCGCUUCCAACACCGGACAAUCUUCCUACCCCCACGAGAACGAACAGUGAGUUAUAUCAGUAUGUAGUUGACUAUUGGAAAGAUGGAGCUAAAGCAGCAGAGAAGGAUGAAGAACAGGAUGACCAGUCCAUUCAAAGUCAACUGCACGAGAUUGCCGGUCCCGAGCUCAAGUUCACACUGCCAGAACUGACGGAUUUUGGGUACAAACCGCUUAAGAAACACUCGUUUAUCUAUGGUGGUGAGCAGAAAGCUUUACAGAUUCUAGAUGACUUUUGUAAAGAUGAAGACCGCGUGGGUAAGUUUGAGAAACCCAAGACCUCUCCUGCUCAAAUGCCUCCGACUGCGUCGACAACUACGAUGAGUUCGUACUUGUUUUUUGGUUGUCUCAGUCCGCGGACAUUUUAUCAUCGAGUGCGAUCUAUUCAAGAGAAACAGAAAAAAGUAUCAAGACCACCUGUGAGUUUGGAUGGACAACUUCUUUGGCGGGAAUUCUACCAUUGUCAUGGCCAUGCCAACCCGUAUUUUGAUAAGAUGGAGGAGAACCGUAUUUGCUUGCAGGUAAAUUGGCGGUGGCAUACAAUUCCAGAUAGAGAGGAGGACAUGACUGACGACGACAAGCUUGCUCGUACUCAGUUUGAGGCUUGGAAAAAUGGUCAGACUGGUUUCCCCUGGAUUGACGCCAUCAUGAUCCAGCUAAAGGAGGAAGGUUGGGUGCAUCACCUAGCACGUCACUCGGUAGCUUGUUUCCUUACACGCGGUGAUUUAUAUAUUUCGUGGGUGCGUGGGCUCGAGGUUUUCCAAGAGCGGCUGAUUGACCAUGACUGGAGCAUUAACGCUGGCAACUGGCUGUGGCUUAGCGCUAGCCAUUUCUUUACGGCAUACUUCCGAGUGUAUUCUCCGAUAUCCUUUGGCAAGAAAUACGACCCCGAAGGACUUUUCAUCAAGAAGUAUAUCCCAGCACUAAAAAAACUGCCAGCCAAGUAUAUCUACGAGCCAUGGAAAGCACCACUUACUCUACAGCAUGCGUCGGGUUGCGUUAUCGGCAAAGAUUAUCCUUCUCCUAUUGUGCAACACAAAACCGCGAUGGGCAAGUGCUUGGAUGGAAUGAAGAUGUCAUAUGCCAAUAAAGAAUAUGGGUCUCCACCGACUUCUACAUCCACACGAAAGCGUUCACGUGAGGACUCAGUGAGCUCGUCCGAGUCCAAUGAAGAGUAA